AUGAAUAUGCAGCCCACAGAGAUGAUUGGGAAGAUGCUGGGAAUUGUAUGUGGAAACAACAAUAAAGACAAACUGAUUGAAAUUCAGAAUGGGGAGGUUACAAAGAUUAAAGGGACUGUGGUUUUGAUGAAAAAGAAUGUUCUUGACAUGAAAGAUUUUGUGGCCAGUUUUCUUGAUAGACUCCAUGAGCUCUUCAAUAAAGGUGUUUCAAUCCAGCUCAUCAGCGCAGAUCAAUUUGAUCCAGAAGAUAAAUCAAGAGGAAAGCUAGGAAAGGCAGCAUUUUUGGAGAAAUGGAUGUCAAAGUUCACUUCAGUAUCAGCAGGGGACGUCACAUUUGAGGUCCAUUUUGACUGGGAUGAAUCUAUGGGAAUUCCUGGUGCUUUCAUCAUAAAGAAUUACCACCACAGUCAAUUCUACCUCAAAACACUCACUUUAGAAGGUGUUCCUGGUCAUGAUCAGCUCCAUUUCGUCUGCAAUUCUUGGGUUUAUCCUGUUCAUCGUUACAAGUAUAACAGAGUCUUCUUUGUCAAUAAGCCUUUCUUGCCGGCUGAUACACCGGCACCAUUGCAGCUUUAUAGGGAAGAAGAACUGGAAAAUCUUAGAGGGAAUGGAAAUGGGAAAGGGAUGCUAAAAGAAUGGGAUAGAAUUUAUGAUUAUGCAUUAUACAACGAUUUGGGGAGCCCGGAAAAGGGACCUAAGCAUGACCGACCAGUGCUUGGGGGAACUAAGCACUUACCAUAUCCUCGUAGAGGAAAAACAGGCCGGCCAGCACAUAAAAAAGAUCCCAAGACAGAAUCCAGGUUGCCGCUGCUAAAUUUGAACAUUUAUGUCCCAAGGGACGAACGUUUCAGUCAAGUCAAAUUCUCUGAUUUCCUGGCCUAUGCUGUCAAGUCUUUGGGGCAGGUGCUUCUACCAGAGAUUGCAUCUGUAUUUGAUAAAACAAUUAAUGAGUUUGACUCAUUCGACGAUGUAUUGAAACUCUACGAUGAAGGAUUCAAGUUACCUGAUAAUCAAGUGAUUGAUAAACUCAAGCAAUGCGUCUCUUGGGAGCUGCUCAGGGAAUUAAUGCGGUCAGAUGGUCAGGGAUUGUUGAAAUUCCCCGUUCCUGCUGUAAUCAAAGAGGACAAAACUGCUUGGAGAACUGAUGAAGAGUUCGGAAGAGAGAUGCUUGCCGGCCUCAAUCCUGUUGUUAUCCGGCGCCUGGAGGAGUUUCCACCAACCAGUAAGCUAGAUCCUGCAGAAUAUGGCGAUCAGAACAGCAGAAUAAGAUGGGAGCACAUAGAGAAAAACAUGAAUGGGCUAUCCAUAAAAGAUGCACUGGAACAAAACAAACUAUUCAUAUUAGACCAUCAUGAUGCAUUGAUGCCGUACCUUGGGAGGAUAAAUACAACCAACACAAAAACUUACGCGACACGAACUGUCCUCCUACUACAAGAUGACGGCACACUGAAGCCACUAGCUAUAGAGUUGAGUUUACCACAUCCACAAGGGCCAAAACAUGGUGCCACCAGCAAAGUUUUCACACCAGCGGUACAUGGUAUUGAAGGCUCAGUUUGGCAGCUGGCGAAGGCUUAUGCUGCAGUAAAUGAUUCAGGCUAUCAUCAGCUCAUAAGUCACUGGUUGCACACUCAUGCAGUCAUAGAACCAUUCAUAAUUGCAACAAAUAGACACUUAAGUGUCCUCCAUCCGAUAUUUAAGCUUCUGCAACCCCAUUACCGCGAUACGAUGAACAUAAAUGCCUUGGCAAGGCAUGUCCUCAUAAAUUCAGGAGGAGUGCUUGAGGUGACAGUUUUUCCAGGAAAAUAUGCCUUGGAGAUGUCGAGCACCAUUUAUAGGAAUUGGGUAUUCCCGGAUCAAGCACUUCCAGUUGAUCUUCUGAAAAGAGGUAUGGCAAUUCCAGACUCAAGUCAGCCUCAUGGCGUCAGACUUGUCAUAGAGGAUUAUCCUUAUGCAGUUGAUGGCCUUGAAAUAUGGUCAGCAAUCAAAGAAUGGGUGAGUGAAUACUGUUCUUUCUAUUACCACACGGAUGAGGCGGUACAAGCUGAUUCUGAACUCCAGUCCUGGUGGACUGAGUUACGAAAUGAGGGCCACGGGGACUUGAAAGAUGAGACAUGGUGGCCUAAAAUGGGAACACGAGAUGAACUCAUUGAAACAUGUACAAUCAUCAUUUGGGUAGCUUCUGCUCUUCAUGCAGCAGUCAAUUUUGGGCAAUAUCCUUAUGCAGGCUACCUCCCUAAUCGACCAUCUAUGAGCCGGCGAUUCAUGCCUGAACCAGGCACCCCUGAAUAUGCUGAGCUUGAGUCAAAUCCUGACUUGGCAUACCUGAAAACAAUCACAGCUCAGUUCCAGACUCUGCUUGGCAUAUCAUUAAUAGAGAUUUUAUCAAUGCAUUCCUCAGAUGAACUAUAUCUCGGACAGAGAGACAACCCCGAAUGGACUUCAGACAAUCAUCCAAGAGAGGCAUUCAAGAAAUUUGGUGUGAAACUGUUGCAAAUUGAGAAUCAAAUAGUGCAGAGGAAUAACAAUAAGAACUUGAAGAAUCGGUCAGGACCUGUGAAGUUGCCUUACACUCUGCUGAUUCCAAACACAGCAGAUUACAGCAACAUUGGAGGACUUACAGGCAAAGGAAUUCCAAACAGCAUUUCAAUCUAA